UACAAAUACACUGCGUUGACAGAUUACUUGAAAAAUAAUCGAUAGAAGAAGAUAGGUAGCGGCAAAAAUUGUUUGGGUACUUAUUUAAAAACCUAAGCAUUAAUUUAUGCAAUUUGAGAAAUAUUAAUAGCCUAUUAUCAAAGGGGUGUAUGGGUAAAUUCAGAAUUCGAUUUUGAUUGAUUGUUUUUCAUUUGAGAUAUUACAUUUGAUGAAAUUUUCUUCAAAAUGUCUAAGGCCCUAUUGAAACCUACUAGAAGAAAAAAUACUAAGGCAUCAACUCCCAAUCCAAAAAGGUUCAAACCUUCUUUGGAACAAAAUGAUCAUAUUCCUGAUGUGGAAAUAAUAGUGCCAGAUUUACCUAAAGAGGAAGUAAAUAUUUCUGAAAAACUGACCGAAAACCUCGUUGAGAAACUAGAAGAUCCCCUAGAAGAUAAAACGGUAUCUGAAGAAAAGAAUGAAGCUGAUGACAAAGAAAAGACAUCCGACAAUGAAAAGGCAGUAGAAUAUGAGAGGGAAAAACUGAGGUCACCUCUUAAAUUAGAGGACGGCCUUUUUUUCGAUGAUGAUGACAAAGUAAUUGAGCAAACUCAUCAUAUAAUCAUUCCUUCCUACUCGACAUGGUUUGAUUAUGACUCAAUAAAUGAAUUAGAGAAAAGAAGUUUAUCUGAAUUCUUUAAUAGUCGCAAUAAGUCCAAAACACCAGAAGUGUAUCUGGCAUAUAGGAAUUUUAUGAUUGAUACUUAUCGCUUGAACCCAACUGAAUACCUCACAAGUACUGCUUGCAGAAGAACCCUAGCAGGAGAUGUUUGUGCAAUAAUGAGAAUACAUGCUUUUCUAGAACAAUGGGGAUUAAUCAAUUAUCAGUUAGAAAGUAAUAGUAAACCUUCAGAAAUGUGUCCUCCACAUACAUCACAUUUCCACGUUUUAUCAGAAAGUCCAUCUGGAUUACAAAAUGUCAGCGCCCCAAGAACAUCCAUCAGUGAUUCUAAGAAGGUAAUGCUAGACCUAGAUAAUCAUUCCACGGAGGGUAACUUGAAUAUUGGCCAACUAGGAUUGAAAUUAGAUCAGUAUGCUGCUAAAUCUAAGAAACACAGCAAAGCAGCACGUGAAGCCAUGCGAUGUUGGACAGAGCAAGAAACGCUGCUGCUUUUAGAGGCCAUUGAAAUGUUCAAAGAUGACUGGAAUAAGGUUGCUGAACAUGUUGGAUCCAGGACACAAGACGAGUGCAUAUUACAUUUUUUGAGACUUCCUAUCGAAGAUUCCUUUUUGGAUAAACUUCCAAACGGUCCGUUGAAUUUUCAACCCAUUCCAUUCAGCAAAUCAGGUAACCCUGUUCUGUCUAUCAUUGCAUUUUUAGCGUCCAUCGUCGACCCUAAAGUAGUAUCAGUUGCAACAGAAAGUGCCAUAAAGUUAUAUAAUAAAAUGAAAGAUGAAGAAAUUCCGCAUCAAGUUGUGGAGGAUCACUUGAAGAGGAUCAGGGAGUCUAAAUUCGAGGGUAUGUUCGAUCCUAACUAUCGGUUGGAGGAGACGGGUAUUUACGGGACGAAUCCAAACGAAUGUUCAGAAAUGAAUGUAGAGGAAAACUCUGAAAAGGUAAAUGAUGACGGUCCUACGAUUAAAGUAGAGGGAGAUGGCCAGAAAGACAUAGAGACUGCUGCAGUUCAAGCUCUGGUAGCGGCUGCACUCAAAGCUAAAAAACUGGCAGAUGCGGAAGAACAGAAGAUGAAGGGACUGAUUCAGCUCCUCAUCGAGACACAAAUGAAAAAGUUCGAGCUGAAAUUACAGCAGUUCAAAGAACUGGAGUUGAUGCUUGUGAAAGAGAAAGAGACUUUGGAAUAUCAAAAACAGCAAUUGAUCACAGAACGCCAAAGUUUUCACUUGGAGCAAUUGGAAGUUGCUGAACAGAGGGCUAAACAACAAGCUCAGUUGAAACUUCACCAAAAUGAGUAAAUGAUUGUUUGACGGAGUUAGAAAAUUUCAAAUUUUCUAGCCUGAUGUUUCGCCUGCAUCUACAAUUAACAUCUUCAGAUUGGCAAUCAUCUGUGGAUUACUCCGAUUACUGAAGAUGCUUACCAUAGUUGUAGGUGAAGCACCGAAUAUGGCUAGACAUCCCAGAAUUUUAUAACUCUGAUGAGUAAACAAGUUUAAUUCAGUUGUAGUUAUUACUGUUACUAGUAUUGUACAUCUUUUUCACUGCCUAAUGUUCAUCCUUUCCAGUAGAAAUGGUAUUCCAUCAUCUAAUAGUUGUAUUUUGAUUUAUAUGUGGUUGCUGUAAAAUUAUGUCCAGAAACUUAGUCUUAUUGCUUGAAGUAUUUCAAUGAAAAUAUGAAAUGCAGGUAUCAAUAACACACAGUAAAAAUGUCUUCAAAGAUCAAAUUGAUAUAUGAUUUAUUCCAUUUUGGUUGGUGAAAAAUGUUUGGGUUUUUUUUUAUUUAUAUUUUGAAUGAUCUGAAUUGUUGUAACAAACAAUUUUUUCAUUUUCUAAAUCUUUUUUCCGUUUUUGUCAUUGUUAUAACGAAAAGUGAUAUUAAUUUUAUUUAUUGAUAUUUAUUUAUUACUAGAAUAUAUUCUUCACGAUGUGUCAAAUCAUUAGAUAUAUUAUCUUUUAUCCUAAGACUGAAAAUAAAGAAAAGUAGAUAA